AUGUGCUCCACCGAUCAAGCCGUCGCAACGGUUGACAACAAUGACCACUUGGUCCAAUCCGACGAUCCUGAACACCCAGCCAACCUUAUCCCCGAGCUCUGCCGCAAAUUCUAUAACUGGGGAUGGGUUACCGGUACUGGAGGUGGUACCUCAAUUCGCCAAGGUGACCACAUCUAUAUCGCUCCAUCUGGAGUCCAGAAGGAGUUGAUGCAGCCUCAAAACAUCUUCGUGCUCCAAUGGCCCACUCCGAAGUACCCUGCCUCGGACCGCAACUACAUCCGCAAACCGCUGAAGCUUAAUCCCUCCGCCUGUACCCCACUGUUCCUGACUGCCUUUGAGCAGGGUGCUGGCUGCUGCAUUCACACACACUCACAAUGGGCGGUCCUGGUCACCCUGCUGGUAGAGCGGGAGAAGGGCCCGGACGCCUGCUUCGAGAUCAAUAACAUUGAGCAGAUCAAGGGCAUCCCCCGAGGCAAAGGCAAGGGCAUGCUCGGGUUCUUCGAUACUUUGAAGAUUCCUAUUAUUGAGAACACGGCCUUUGAAGAGGACCUGACUAGCGGCCUGGAGGCGGCUAUGAACAAAUAUCCGGACACAUACGCUGUGCUGGUCCGAAGACACGGAAUUUAUGUCUGGGGAGACACUACCGCCAAGGCAAAGACCCAGUGUGAGAGUCUAGACUACCUGUUCCAGCUGGCUGUGGAAAUGCACAAGCUGGGACUUCCGUGGAUCAAGUAG